AUGUAUGUUGUUAACCGGUACAUUGAUGAAGGUGUAGCAGAACUUGUCCCUGGAGUUCUAUUCAUUGAUGAGGUACAUAUGCUGGAUAUGGAAUGCUUUUUAUACUUGAAUCGUGUUUUAGAGAGCUCACUGUCUCCAAUAGUAAUCUUUGCCACAAACAGAGGGUUUUGCAAUGUGAGAGGGACUGAUAUGAACCGUCCUCAUGGCAUACCUGUCGACUUGUUGGACCGGUUGGUUAUUAUCCGAACACAAACUUAUGAUGUUGCUGACAUGAUAAAGAUUUUGGCUCUCCGUGCAAAUGUGGAGGACCUAGUAAUAGAUGACGAAAGUUUGGCUUACCUGGGUGACAUUGGUCUACAAGCAUCCUCAAGGCAUGCAGUUCAGCUGUUAUCGCCCUCCAGUAUUAUGGCAAAAAUGAAUGGCCGUGACAAUAUCUGCAAGGCGGAUAUUGAGGAAGUGAAAGCUCUCUCUAUGGAUGCAAAGUCUUCAGCAAGACUUCUUCAAGCGCAGCAGGAAAAAUACAUUUCAUGAAAAUUCUAAACAAUUUUCCCUGAAUGUCAAAGAUAGUCUGAAUUUGGAAGUAGCAUUAUUUAGGUUCGGUUAGCUUCUCUGUCGUGAGUUUUGAAAGAGCAGGAGGUUUUGGUCAAAGACUUUGGCUUCGUUGAUAAUUAAUGUGUGUAAAGGCGAAAUGUUUCAGAAGUGUUCCAAGCUACGGGAAAUUUGUAUUUGUCACAUGAGUAGUGUCAUGGUUAUGCUGUCAGCAGCGAUGCAAGUGGUGAAACUCUAG